UCCUUCGCGCAGUUCUCUGUCUGUUCCUUCCCGAAAGCCAAUCUGCUUACACAUAAUCAGAGGUCAGUUCAAUGUGUUGGAGGCUUCAGAUUGAUCCAAGCGUGGCUGCCAGAGGGUUUUGUAGCUAAUUCUUUGUACUGGUGAUUGGAGUACUUUUGACAUCUGACCAAGAAACCCAUGAAUGUCGUCUACGUGCUAGAUUUAAAAUGCACGUAAGUUAACAGAUGCUGUUGUCUGUUUUUAUGGAAACCAGUUAGCGCAUUGGGUACAAUGGAUUGUGUUGGAAGAUAUAUGGCUUAUAUUUAGAUUUGGGUAGGAGAUGGUAGAGAGUGGUUUAGACACGGAAAAGGUUGAGAAUUCGGGCGCCAAAUUCACUCAGAGUGGAAGCCAAGCAUCAGGUCUUCACAGAGAUCCCUCAUUCUCUCGCUGGUUCGAUGAAGAUGGGAGAGUGCAAGUUGAUUUAGGAAAUACGGAUGCCACGGUAGAAGAAGACCCUAACUUUGAAUUGCCUCUGCCCCAAGAGGGAGAGCUAGAAAACAAGGGUUUAGAUAUGGACAGGGACCGUAGUAAUAUAUCUCCGAGGGGAAGUAAACGCGUGCACAGUGGUGAUACCUUUGUUAGUGCUUCUGUCCAGCUAGAUGGAAAUGAUGAUGAAAAGUUAUUGCCUUUUGACAUUGAGAAGGGAUCUGCAAGGGAGCUACAGGACAGAGAUCACUCUACUUCUAAGGAUGACCACAAGGCAUUAUCCUCCAAUUCAAAGUUUCCCAUUUCUGCUACAAGUGUACUGAAAACAUUGUUCUUCGUACUAGUAUGGUACAUUUGCAGCCUAUUUUUGACAUUGUAUAACAAAAGUCUGUUGGGAGAUAAUCUGGGAAAAUUCCCCGCUCCCUUAUUGAUGAAUACUGUUCAUUUUACAAUGCAAGCUAUUUUAUCGAAGGGAAUCACAUGGUACUGGUCUCAUAGGUUCAAAACCAGUGUUACUAUGUCAUGGAAAGAUUAUUUUGCUAAAGUUGUACCAACGGCUCUUGGAACAGCAAUGGAUGUUAAUCUAAGCAAUGCAUCCCUUGUUUUUAUAUCUGUCACAUUUGCCACAAUGUGUAAAUCUGCUGCUCCUAUAUUUCUCCUUCUAUUUGCCUUCGCUUUCAGGUUGGAGUCUCCAAGCUAUAAACUUUCGGGAAUCAUAUUGGUUAUAUCCAUUGGAAUACUAUUAACAGUUGCGAAGGAGACUGAAUUUGAUUUCUGGGGUUUCAUUUUUGUCAUGCUUGCUGCUGUUAUGUCCGGUUUCCGAUGGUGUAUGACUCAAAUUCUUCUUCAGAAAGAAUCAUAUGGUUUGAAAAAUCCACUUACUUUGAUGAGCUAUGUGACUCCGGUUAUGGCAGUGGUGACUGCGCUGCUCUCUUUUAUUUUUGAUCCAUGGGAUGAACUUAGAAGAAACAAUUACUUCAAUAAUCCAGAGCAUAUCAGUCGAAGUUGCUUGCUAAUGCUUUUUGGUGGAACCCUCGCCUUUUUCAUGGUAUUAACAGAAUUCAUCCUUGUCUCGGUGACCAGUGCUGUCACCGUCACAAUAGCAGGUGUUGUCAAGGAGGCUCUAACUAUAUUGGUUGCAGUCAUUUACUUCCAUGAUGAAUUUACUACGUUAAAAGGAGUUGGACUCUUCACAAUUAUGCUUGGUGUCAGCUUAUUCAACUGGUACAAGUAUGAAAAACUAAAGAAGGGUCAGACAAGUGAUGAUGACAUUGAUGAAUCAGUAAUGAUGAAUAAUGCUGCAAAAUAUGUUAUUCUUGAAGAGACAGAUGAGCAAGAUGAUGGCACAUAAUAGCUUCAGGAAAGUUCAUAUUUGAGUCCACUUUUUGGUGAAGCAUACGGCAAGAAGCAUAUUUUGCCUAGUCAGAUAUUCAAAAUUUUGUGUUAAAAAGGCUUUACCUUUGCAGAGCUCUUGAUCACUAGUAGUUGAGAUUUUGCAGCUACUGCCCGUGAGUCAGAAGGACAAGCCACUUGAUAGGCUUUAGUAUAUACGGUGUUAUUUUUAGGAUGUGUACAUCUGGGUGUCAAAGUUCAUUUGUUCCAUUAUUUUGAGAAAGAGGAUGUAGACUGCAACUGCAAGCUACCCAGAAUUUUGAAUUCCAUCGUGCUAGAUGGAAUUGGGUUCAUUGCCCUUUGA